AUGGGACAGCGCCGUACUGAUGCGAAGGAUCUGUCACCAGUCCCUGUGGCGAUCGGCAACCGCCUCGAGUUGGAGUUAAAGCGCAAGUCGCAGCGAGAUGAUGCCGAUGUUCAGCGAUUGGAAGCAGCAACGGACGCCGACCACAAGUACCGUCACAAACGUUCUAAAUCUAGGUCAAGAUCUCUGGGUCGCGAUGAUCUCCCAGAGGACUCUGAGCGUCGACACAAGAAAGCCAAGUCUAGAAGGAAUCAUCCUGCCGACGACCUCACCAAAGAUGCGAAGGCCCCGGUAAACACUUCUGCCCCGCAGGGUGAAACAGAAGAGGAGUAUGACGCACGUUUAGAACGUGAGGAAAACGAGAGACUUGCCGCGGAACGAAGGCGGCAUCUAGAGCGCUUCAAACAGCUUGAUGACACCACACCCAAAGACGGCAUCAGAUUCAAGGGGCGCGGACGUAUGAAGUUCAUAGACCCGGAGAUCUCUCAACGUCAAUCAUGA